AACCCUUCGUCCUCAGCCAAGCUCUUCUCUUCGCCAUGGCGAUCCGAACCCUCGCCUCGAAGCAAACCCUAAUCCGAUGCGCCGCCGCUUCUCCGGUUCUCCGGCAAGCGCGGGGUCUCCAGACGUUCUCGCUUCCCGAUCUGCCGUACGACUAUGGGGAACUGGAGCCGGCAAUCAGCGGGGAAAUCAUGAAGAUCCACCAUCAGAAGCACCACCAGACGUAUAUCACUAACUAUAACAAGGCGCUGGAGCAGCUCGAGGAGGCCAUGGCUAAGGGGGACUCAUCCAAGGUCGUUGGCUUGCAGAGCGCCAUCAAGUUCAAUGGCGGAGGUCAUGUUAACCACUCAAUAUUUUGGAAAAAUCUUGCUCCUGCUCAUAAGGGAGGAGGAGAGCCUCCACAUGCUGCACUUGGAUGGGCAAUUGAUACAAAUUUUGGCUCGUUGGAAACUUUGGUGAAGAUAAUCAAUGCAGAAGGCGCUGCUUUACAGGGUUCUGGAUGGGUGUGGCUUGCGCUUGACAAGGAGCUGAAGAAGCUUAGAAUUGAAACAACUGCAAACCAGGAUCCACUUGUAACCAAAGGCUUACAGCUAGUCCCUUUGCUAGGGAUUGAUGUGUGGGAGCACGCAUACUACCUGCAGUACAAAAAUGUUAGACCAGACUAUCUGAGUAACAUAUGGAAAGUUAUCAACUGGAAGUAUGCCAGUGAAGUCUAUGAGAAAGAGGUUGCCUGAUGAGAGUUCGUCACGGCUUCGGAAGUUAGCUUGCUCGUUUUUAUAUUUGUAUGUUUUAUGUAUUGAAUAAGAUGGCCUUUCUUGCUACCAAUGUAAAACGAUUUUCUCUUAUUGCCAAGCAGCAGCUACCUGUAACCUUAAACAUGCCCUUUUAUUUUAUUCAUCAUUUCAAUUAUGCAAGGUUGUGUUACCAACCAACUACUAAA